AUGAGUGGAAAUCACUAUAUUGAUAUAGAUAAAAAGGAAUCAACUGGGGCUUUAAGUUUGCAUAUGAAGGAGAAUAAGAAUGGAAUGAAAUUGUCCAGUUUUCAAUAUCGGGAGUUUCAUUUGAAGACUACGAUAGGAUUUCUGCAAGCAUCAAUCAUUAUGGAGUCUGUAUCGUAUGAAAAUCUGAAAGAUAAAAGCACAGAUAAGGAGGUAGCUGAAGAUGUUCAACCUCUGGACAUGAGAGAGAAUCUGACAGAACAGCCUGCUCCUUUUAAACAUGUUCCAGAAGUCAAUAAAUUUGACUUUAAAGAUACUGUGAAUGCCGAUGAACCUGUUUCUACUGCACCUAUAGAUGCUUCUGGAGAUGUCAACAUGGAGGCCUCUAUAACAGCUGAUGACGUUAUGCGAGCUGGAGGCUUUGGAGCUAGAGACGAUAUAAGUAGUUUUCUUCCAGUUGCAAGUGACUCCACUGAUUUUGAGGCUUCUCUUCACAGUGCUCGAGACUACGAAGAUUUACAGGAAGAAAUAGGUAGGCCAGGCCUUGGCUGGAAAGACUUAGGUUCCUGUUCUUGA